AUGUCCUGCCGCUCCUACCAAGUUAGCUCUGGCCGCCGGCUAGCCAACUUCAGCUCUUGCUCAGCCAUGAUGCCCCAGAACCCGAGCCGCUUCCGGUCCAGCUCGGUCUCCUGCAGAAGUGGAUCUAGCUGCCGGAGGUCCACAGGCUUUGCUAGUCGGAGCGUCACCAACUUUGGGUCACACGUUCCUCGGAUGGCAGCCGCAGGCCCCCUUACCAGCCGCUGUGGAGCUAGCUUUGGCUGUGGCACUGCCAGAGGUCACGGUCUGGGGUUCCGGGCUGGUAAUGGCCUUGGCUAUGGCUUUGGUGGCCCUGGAUUUGGUUACAGAGUCGGAGGAAUGGGAGGCCCGGCUGCCCCAUCGAUCACUGCUGUGACUGUUAAUCAGAGCCUGCUGACCCCCCUCAACCUAGAGAUCGACCCCAAUGCCCAGAGGGUGAAGAAAGACGAGAAGGAGCAGAUCAAGUGUCUCAACAACAAGUUCGCCUCCUUCAUUGACAAGGUGCGGUUCCUGGAGCAGCAAAACAAGCUCCUGGAGACCAAGUGGAGCUUCCUGCAAGAGCAGAAGUGUGCUAGGAGCAACCUGGAGCCGCUGUUUGAGAACCACAUCGCCAACCUGCGCCGGGAGCUAGACAGCCUAGUAAGCGACCAGGCCCGGCUCCAGGCAGAGAGGAACCACAUGCAAGACAUCCUGGAGGGCAUCAAGAAGAAGUAUGAAGACGAGGUGGUAUGUCGAGCCAACGCCGAGAAUGACUUUGUGGCUCUGAAAAAGGAUGUGGACACGGCUUUCCUGUGCAAGUCUGACCUGGAGGCGAAUUUGGAUGCCCUAACACGGGAACUUGACUUUCUGAAGGCCUUGUAUGCAGAGGAAAUCCAACUGCUACAGUCCCACAUCUCAGAGACCUCGGUGGUGGUGCAGAUGGACAACAGCCGGGACCUGAACCUGGAUGGGAUCAUCGCCGAAGUCAAGGCCCAGUACGAGGAGGUGGCCAGGCGCAGCCGGGCGGAGGCCGAGGCCUGGUACCAGACCAAGUAUGAGGAGAUGAGGACGACAGCCGGUCAGCACUGCGACAACCUGCGCAACACACGGGACGAGAUCAACUGCCUGAGCCGCCUGAUCCAGAGGCUGAAGGCAGAGAUUGAGCACGCCAAGGCCCAGCGCUGCAAGCUGGAGGCAGCUGUGGCUGAGGCCGAGCAGCAAGGGGAGGCGGCCCUGAGUGAUGCCAAGUGCAAGCUGGCCGAGCUGGAGGCCGCCCUGCAGCAGGCCAAGCAGGACAUGGCGCGGCAGCUGCGCGAGUACCAGGAGCUCCUGAAUGCCAAGCUGGGCCUGGACGUCGAGAUCGCCACCUACCGGCGGCUGCUGGAGGGCGAGGAGAGCAGGAUCUGUGAAGGCGUUGGACCAGUAAACAUAUCUGUGAGCAGCUCCCGGGGCGGCCUGCUGUGCGGGUCGGGGGUCACUUUCUCGGGCAGCAGCAGCAUGCACACUGCCACGUCAGGGGGAGCCCUGACUUCCUGCACCCCCAGCGUCCCCUGCCCCCAGCCCACGGAGGGCAACUUCAGCAGCUGCAGUGCUGGCCGUAGCAGCAGUGGCCACAGCUCCAGCGUCCGCUUCGCGUCCACCACCACCACCACUUCCCACCGGACCAAGUACUGA